GGAGGAACAUGAGCUUAACACAGUAGUAGGCCUAUCGGACGUUUUUAAGCUGCGUAGAUACACUUUCUUGUGCUGGUAGAAACCUGUUCAUUCAUUUUCAUUUUGCCCAAUAUCCACUUACUCGGGAGCCAUCCAUAGCAGUUGGCAGAACAGCGGUUGAUAGACCCCUUUUCCCAGAGGGCAUCGAGAAACCUCGUGCUGUGAACACGUUGGCACGUUACGGCUCUCGUUGGUAAAUGCUGAGGGUGUACGGGACAAAACGACCGGUGCCAUUUCAGACCACAAGAAAGUGCUUCGUUUCGUUAACUGAAGGUCGUCUAUUUUGGGACAAAACGAGACGGAUUUUUCUUACGGUUGGAAAGUAUUAGGAUCCGUACUACCGCUCUGUGAUUUGGAAGAGAAAGAUAGCGAAAUACCUGUCAAUUUCAGUUCGGAACGGAGUGUGCUUGGCUGUACCUAAACUUACAAACAUGGGGACCACUGUUAGGUUUUGUGUGAUGAUUUAUACAGAACAAUUGAAAGAUCAAAACAUUUGAAUCUCUCCUGCUUAUCUUUCAGCACAACGAAAUCUGACAAUGUUCCAUGUGGGCGUGCGUAAUGGACAUUUCGCUCAUAAGUUUGAGGGGAUCUGAAAACUAAUUUGUGUGCUUAUCAUUCAAGGCUCAUGAAUCACUUUUUCCUGGGGCGAAAUCAUGGUUCGCGUGCUGUAGUAGAAGCCUGGACUAAUGGGAGGUAGAUCCAGGACUGAAGCUGUGUCACACCAUUCCUUCUCUGGACCCCAUGCCUAAACGCGAAACCGACCAACAAAGCUUUAACCGGAGAAAAGCAGGCCCACAUCGAAAAUCAAUGUCCACACCCGCUGUGCUUUGUCCUGCUAGGGUCCGCCAACGCUGCUCUCGUAUUGAGCGGAACAUUUCUAAGGCUCAGACAAAAUCAUGGAAUGAAGAAGUGAUAUUGCCUUGUCGUCCAUGACUGGACUGGUGAGAAAGGACUCUCCCCCUCGCUGAUGCGCCCCCGUGAUACACUAAUAACAUGCCCUCCGCGUUAGCAAGACCAGACCGCACAGGCACUGAGCCCGAGCUGCGUUAACUCAGGUUCAGAGUGAAUUAGGACGUAUUUCGCCUGUGUAUUGACAUUAUCUUUGAGAGUAGAUUUUACUCACUGCCUGUUAUUGAAAAUAGAGGAGACCAUGGAAGCAGCACUUGAUAAGAAGUCAGGGUCUGAGGUGUUGUGUUUGGCCCCGCCAGAGCUGAGAUAAGACCGUAGAUGGGUGAGAGAGAAAGCAGAGUUUGACGAGAUGAGAGCAGAAUACAAAUUAGCGUCGACUGCCCUCAGCCAGACUGCCGUGUCAAAAUAAUAUAACUGUACUGAAAUGGACAGUGACUCAGCGUCUGUAAUAAUGGCAUUAGUAUUGCAUUCGAAUUGUACGAGUACUAACUAAUGGCUCUAACAUGGAGCCCUUUUGAGGCAAUUAACAUGGAGAUGAACAGAGAAGCCAGUGUGUCUCCAAGACUGAAAUAAGACUCCCGAACACGCGUGAAGACCAACAGGGAUAUCCUUCAACGCAGCCCUCGUUGCCUUGUCAAGAAGACCCGAGGAACCGUGGGUCGUGGUCACUGACGUGAUGUGUUUGAUCUGGGCCUGAAACAAAGGGCUACUGAGGCACGGCAAGAUGGAUCAGGACAACAGCUCUGCAGAUCCACUCUUCAGCAACAUCACAGAGGCUCCCGAACUCAUGGAGGAACACUGGGAUGAGUCCACCCGCCUGGCGAUCCAGGUCUCUGUGUCGGCCGUCCUGGCUGUCGUCACCCUGGCCACCGUGCUGUCCAACGCCUUCGUCAUUGCAACGAUCUUCCUGACGCGUAAGCUUCACACGCCCGCCAACUUCCUUAUCGGCUCACUGGCUGUGACGGACCUGCUGGUGUCCAUCCUGGUCAUGCCGGUCAGCAUCGUGUACACGGUCAGCAAGACGUGGUCCCUCGGGCAGAUCGUCUGCGACAUUUGGCUGUCGUCGGAUAUCACCUUCUGCACCGCCUCCAUCCUGCACCUGUGCGUCAUCGCCCUGGACCGCUACUGGGCCAUCACCGACGCCCUGGAAUACUCCAAGCGCCGGACGAUGCGCCGAGCCGGCCUGAUGAUCACGGUGGUGUGGGUGAUCUCCAUCUCCAUAUCCAUGCCGCCCCUCUUCUGGAGGCAGGCCAAGGCCAACGAGGAGGUGAUGGAGUGCCUGGUGAACACAGACCAGAUCUUCUACACCCUCUACUCCACCUUUGGCGCGUUCUACGUGCCCACGGUGCUCCUGGUCAUCCUGUACGGCCGGAUCUACGUGGCCGCCCGCUCGCGCAUCUUCAAGACGCCGGUGUCGAGCGGCAAGCGUUUCACCACGGCCCAGCUGAUCAAGACGUCGGCCGGCUCCUCCCUCUGCUCCAUCAACUCCUCCGCCUCGAACCAGGAGGGCCACGUGCAUCUCGGAGAGGGAGGAGCGACAGUGAAUGGGGGAGGCGGGGGAGGAGGCAGUGCAGGGUCGCCUCUCUUCACCAGCAGCGUGAAGGUGAAGCUGGCUGACAGCGUGUUGGAGAGGAAGCGUCUGUGUGCUGCCCGGGAGAAGAAGGCCACCAAGACGCUGGGCAUCAUCCUGGGAGCCUUCAUCGUGUGCUGGCUGCCCUUCUUCGUGUGCACCCUGGUGAUGGCCGUGUGCAAGGACUGCUGGUUCCACACGGUGCUGUUUGACGUGUUCACCUGGCUCGGCUACCUGAACUCCCUCAUCAAUCCGGUCAUCUACACCGUCUUCAACGACGAGUUCAAACUGGCCUUCCACAAACUCAUCAAGCUAAAGCGAUGUUACUGAGGAAAUGUGAGAAUGGUACUAUACUCUGGACAUGAAGUAAAUCAAUUAUAAAUCCCUGACCAAUUCCCCCUCUCACCAAACACCACUAUAGGAAUAUAUGUAGGGCCUGCAGUCAUAUUAACAUUGUACUGUGGUGUGUGUUCAUUACGCUCCAUCUCUGGAAAUGUUUCUUGUACAUUAGACCUUUAUCGAGCAGCUCAUGAAGAGCCAUAGCUCCUUCAGAUGUUUCCUUAAUACAGAUUUAUGCAUGUGUUUCCUGAAGGGGACAUCGGAGCUCAGUGUAAAUGUGGGUGUUCGGUGGGGAUAGAACUGACCUGGCUCAUAAGACUCAUUAGUGAUGAUAUGUGUUCCAAAUCAAUAAGGAGUGUAUGCAGAAUGAGAAUAUAGUCUCCUGAGGAUAAUGAGGUAUUUGAUCCAUACAUUAUCAUGAGCCGUGGAUGAAGACACCUCAUUGGAACAAAAAAGCCACGACAUGUCAUGUACAUGAGAUCGUCUCCCAUAACGCGUUUGUGGUACAGCAUAAUAUGUAGAGAAAUAUAUAAUGGUUCAGUCCUGUCUUUCUCUAUGAGUGUGUUUGUUUAUAUGUCGAGGAGGUGAACACUGCUUUAGGCAUGACAAUGUGUCUGUGUGUGUGUGUGUGUGUGUGUGUGUGUGUGUGGAGUUUCACUAAAACAUGGACCUAUUAUUUACCAGUCUGAAAUCGGGUGCUUAACCACCUAAAUUCAAUAAUACAUCAAACCUUUCUUUCACAUAAGGAAAUGGCACAACUAGCACAACGGGGAAACAUCGAUGACAGCUGUGACCUUUGGCUAACAUUGACAUGCCUUUCAGAUCACUCUCUGACAGCCCAGUUUGUAUUGGAGUGUUCAUUUUGUCCACAGCUCGCCAUGUCUACAAACACGCCGUCUGACUCACACAUGGGCGCACUCAGUGGGGCGGAAAAUGCCAGAGACAAGGUGAUAAAGUGGACCGUGUUAGAAGGUCUAAAUCCCUCUGAGAGAUGGGCGUGGGCGCAUAGAGCACUGGCACGGGUCACGUUGGCAGAAGAACCCCCGCUAGCUCGCCAGGGGUCGUCAGCAUUGGCGCCUCGAUUGUGAGAGAGAAACUGAACAGAUGUCUCUUGUCUGCUCGUUUCUGGCCGGUACACAACACGCAGAUACAACCGAUGUUGUUCUGCAGUCUGUUUAGCUGCAGCCCAUUAGCUUCAAGAGUCCUCCACAUCCGUUAGAGCGUCAAACUGCAGCUCAAGUAAAAGCACAAAGCAGCCUAAUGCACUGCCAUCUGUGACUGCCAUCAAUUCUGCCUGCUUUGCUGCUCUCUAAACUUCAUGAUAACAAUGUGCUUUUUACAAGGUUUGACCAUGAGUGCCUGCUAGGGUUAAAUAUGUAAACCCAGACCCAACCACGAUCAACCCAGACCCAACCAAGAGGAGGGCGGGACCAGAUACAGUGUCACAGUUGUUAGCCAAUGACACUGUCUUUUCCUGUUGACCUGCUAUAAGAGCUAGGCAAAAGUGCAAAUGAUAGAUUACACAUUUAAACCUUUCAACUGCAAAACUCUGAAUUACCAAUGCAAUUAUCUGACUGAGAGGGUCAGACUAAUUAUGUAGCUUGAAUCCUACUAGGAAUCUCAGCUUGAUUACUGCCCUGCGGUCAAGAGCUGAAUGAAGGUUGCAGCAGGAUGUCAAGGUGGUUCACAUGUAGAUAAUUGAAUGAAACGCAUUCACAAAAUACACAGCAAUAAACAUUGUCAGUUUAGCUGUCCAGCAAUUGGUUCCCCCUCCCAGAAUCAUCAGGGGUUGUAAACUUGUCCCAAUUAAUUCAAGUUAAAUAGAAACUAAAACUGCAAAUAGGGGCGGUAUUCUGGUGAAGUAAAUGUUGAUGGUGGUGGUAAACUGCUGGUUGCCACAUUCUGGUAGAAGAUUAGGGUUUCAGAUAUCGUCUCUGAUAUGAAACUAAAAGGUCAUCCUACACAUAACCUCCCUGGAUGGAGGGUGUUACUUCGCUGCUUGUGUUAACCAAGGACUGAGAUGGGAUAGCCCAGUUAGAAGACACCCAUGAUCAGAAUAUAGCACUGCCUGAAAAACAUUUUCCAUACCUUAAAAGAUAUCUCAACCAGCGAGUUGGAAAUAAUUUGCAAAUGCCAUUAAUAAAAACACGAAAAUCU